CAAUUGAAAAUCAUUUGGCCAGCUACUUCUACACAUAUUAGAAAAUAUUCGAAACAAGAAUUGAAGAUGGUAAAUGAGACACCGGAAAUGUAUGAGAAAAUAGUUUUACCAUAUAUUGAUUCUUUCCCACCGGAACGAUUGGAAUGGGUAUACAACAUUCUUAACGGUAAAAAAGAGGCAGAACGUAUAUUGUAUAAUGAUCCAGAUGAAGAAAAUGGUUUCAUGAUCCUUCCUGAUCUUAAAUGGGAUCAAACGUCAAUGUCUGCGUUGUACCUCACCGUAUUGGUCCGUACGAGAAAGAUAAAAUCCCUUCGGGAUCUGACCAAAUCACAUCUUUCUUUACUGAGGGACAUUAAAUUGAAAACGUUCGAAACGGUGCUGAAGCAAUUCGGAGUGGAGGGAAAUAAGUUGAGGUUGUUCGUUCAUUAUCAACCGUCGUAUUAUCAUUUUCAUGUACACGUAGUACACCUCCAUCACGAGACUUUGGGAGGGAUGACAGUUGGUCAAGCCCAUAUGCUUGAUGAUUUGAUUGCUCUCCUCGAAAUCUCUCCUGAUGAUUCACCAUCCAUCUUGGCACAAAUGACUUUCACUUAUGCUCUGGGGGUGGAACAUGGUCUAUACGCUGGUUUUCUCGCAUACGCCUCGACUACCUGA